UCUGGUCGCUAAAAAAUAAACUUCCGAACAUAUAAUCAUUUUUUUAUAUCGAAAGAGUAGUCAUAUUUCCAAAACUCCGGUGACAGAAAGUUUUAAGAAAAAAUAAAUCGUCAAUGGCAUAUGUCGAAAGAGGUGUUGUGAAAUCCAAUCGAACUAUAUGGCGUCUCAGAACCAUCAUUGAUUUCUUUUGGGCAGUCAUUAAUUUCAUUUCUGUAUUCUUCGCCACUAUGUUUUCGAUGGAGAAAUCUGAUGGUUACAAGAAACUAUCUGGUUCCAACAAAAGGUCAGAUGGCGGUGGCCCUGGUGGCGGCUAUGGCGGUGGCCCAUAUGGUGGUGGCGGUCCCCGCAGGCCUCCACAUGGACUAGACAAUGUUAGAGGCAUAGACCACAACUCUCUUCCAGCAUGCGGAUCUUGCUGUGGAGGUUAAAAGGUUGCAGAUGCAUAUACAUAGUUUCUUAAGCCACAAUCUUGCUGUCAACAUUGUCAAGUAAAAACAAUAAAGUUCUGUAAGAAGUGUACCCAUUGUGUUAUUUUGUAAGUGUUUCAAAAGGCUUUCUGAUUCUUUCAA